GCAACCCGGAAGUACUUCUGUUACACAUGGGUUUCCGUUUGCAGUUGUUUGAAGAAGCAUGAGAGUGCAGUGAACAAGCCAUGAACUGACUGAGCUUUUAAACAGCAAAACACCGGUAGGUUUCACCAAACAACCUUUUAUUAAAAGGAAUGCUGAUAGAUGUUGCCAGAUGCUUGAUAGUUGAUGUUGCCAGAUGUUUUGACACAAGAGUAUCUUCAGCCAAGUAGGUAGCUAGCCAUAAUAGCAGAUAUUUGAAAUGUGCUUGCUGAGAAAAGAUUUCAGUCAAGCUGUGAGAAUAGAGUUAAUGUGUUUCUAGUGAUUUGGCCUACAGUAACCCCGUGGUGAAUUGCGCUAUUUGUGUAUGUUGUUUCUAUCCAGGUACAUUCCUGCUUCUUGUAGUCACUGGGAACAUCGAAGUGCAUUAUUUAUCUGGCAGCCUACAGUACCAUGUCCUCACAAAACAGUAGUGAGGGGCAGCAGUGCCCCCUGGCGGUGGGUGUGGAAACAAGCAGCCAGUCUGCCGGGGAUGGGGAGACAGCCUGUGAGGUCAUCACUGUCACCAUAGGAGCAACAGUCCCCACAGGGUUUGAAAACACUGCUGCAGAGGAAGUCCAGGAGAAAAUUGGGGCUGAUGUAACAAUAAGCAAGGACCGCGGUCGAAUAUACUUCCAAAUAACCACAGAUAAGCUCUCACAGGUAAGAUGCCAUUGGCUUUGCCGACAGAUGGGUUUCACACACUCCACUGUAAAAUAUCCCAUGUCAUGGUUGAUUCACAGGUCAUUGGGAUAUGAUGGCAUUCCCAGUAAGUCUCUCUGUCAGAUUUGACAUGAAAACUUAAGCCACUUAACUGAGAUUCACAAUAGCUUUGAAAACAUCUGCCAAACCAUUAUGUUACCAUAGGAGAAUAUAAUAGGUGUAGAUGUAACAUAACCAUUUCCUACUUGGGUUCCCAAGAAAAGGGCUUUGCCACCCAAAACAAUAUCAUUGUGAUUUUAAUUAUUCAUGGUUAAUAUAGAGUACCACAGUAUGAGUCAUAAUACCCAUAAAACCUAGCGGUCAAACAAGGAAAUGGUUCCCAUAGUUUUUCCACCAUUCAUUUUUCCCCAUAGGGGACUUUAGAAACACUUAAAAUAAGGGCUGUGUUUUGUGUAGGCUUACCCUGGUGUGACGUGUUGAUAACCGUGUAAAUCUCUCUAGGACAAGGUGACUUUUGUCAAAGCAACAAAGUCAUUUCUGAAGAUGAUUAUUUAUUUCACGAGAUUAAUAAAUAUGUUUUAAGGUCAACCCUUUUACGUGAACUGAACUAUUCCCUUUUUAAAUUACUUUUUCAAAAGAAACAUGCAGGUGAGCUGCUUCUGCUGGUUAUGUUCUUUUUGGCCAUUUUGUGGUGGAAAACUGAGUGGUUCGAGCAUAACUCGUCAACCCUGUUACCCAUAGAUAGAUAGGCUAGAAACAAAAAAAAAUGUGAAGCUUGCAUUCAAUUGCCCCUCCCUGGUGCACAGGGGGAGUUAUGAUUUAUGAUAACUUCAACCCUGUUAUGGCAACUCUGUUACUUUAAUUGGCACUAAAUGUAAUUUCUUAAUUUAACCUCUUGAGAUAGGAAAACAUGUUUUAUAUUAAGUUGAACAUGUGCACUUUAUGACAGAAUGUUAAAAUUAGGUGAAAUAAUUAGUUUUCUUUUACCAAAUUACACUGCCCAAAAAGCACUCUAUCGAUGGAAUGACCCAGCCUACAUUUACUAUUACUGUAACUGCAGAAUUAGUCAAUAUCCUUUCAUCUUUUUUGGGGGGCUACUUUAAUAUGACUAUCACAAGAGUUUUGUGAUUGUGAUGAAAUACAGAUUUUAUUUAAGCCUAUUUUAAAUGCUUGGUAAAAAGCCUCUUAUUCUUUAAUGUGGGCAUCAAACCUUUGAUGAAUUUUGCACACAUUCACAAUAGUUUGUUCACCUGGCUGUGACAGUACCAUUGAGUAAAUUCAAAUAUAGCCUAGCUUUUUUUACCUGUGCCUCUUUCUAGGUCCAUCAUCUGAGGUCUGUAGACAACCUGUUUGUUGUGGUUGAAGAGUAUGACAACUAUCAGUUUAAAGACUCAAAGGUAUGUCUCUUUUCAUUACAGCACAGCCAACCUGAAUUCAUACAGCCCUACACGUUCAUUCCAAUUAUAACAUUCACGUUGGUAAUAAAAGACAGGUCCCCUACACUUUAUACCAUGCUUCUCCCUCUUAGGGUAUUUGAUAAAAACACUACCCAUUCUGUCCAACAGGAGGGGACAUUGGAGGACUUGCAGAAGCUGGCCUCCAAGCUGCCAUGGACCAACGCACUGAAGGUCUGGAAACUGAACACCUCUCUGAAGAAGAAGAGGGGACCCCAUAGACGGCCCCAAGGUCCCAAGGGGAAGGGAAGGAGAGGCAGAGAUUUCAGAGAUAGAGGCAAAGCCAACAAAGAUGUUGUGGAGACAGACACCGUGGAGACUGUCACUGCAGAAACAGAUAAGCUGCUGCUGGAGCCUCAGGCACCUACUGCAGGCCAGGGGGGUGGGGUGGGGGAGGCCGGGUCACCUGACCUGGAGAACAGCCCCCUGGGUGAGCAGCAGGAGGUGGAGGGGCAGGAGCCCGGGCCAAAGUUGCUGAAGUUCCGUGUGACGUGCAGCCGAGCAGGAGACAAACACAGCUUCUCCUCCAACGAGGCCGCCAGGGACUUUGGUGGCGCCGUGCAAGACUUCUUCCAGUGGAAAGCAGACAUGACCAAGUUUGAUAUCGAGGUAAAAAUAUCAUAACAUUGCAUCCUGUUCCAACAGGACUGGUACCCACUGAAUUCCUAUGCCCGCCCUAGACAGGCUUGUCAAGAUAAGCCUGCGAGACACAACUAAAUUGAUUAUGUUACAAAGAGGGAAGGAAUAACAGUUCUGAGACUAAAUAUUUUCCCUCUAAAUAAAUAGGUGGGGUCACAUAAUGUGAUGUGAAAUUAAACAAGUGUGUUUCCAUUAUGAUUACACCAUGUGUGUGUUGCCAGGUCCUGCUGAACAUACAUAACGUUGAGGUGGUGAUUGGCAUUGCCCUGACAGAGGAGAGUCUCCACAGGAGAAACAUUACUCACUUUGGACCCACCACGCUGCGCUCCACCCUGUGCUAUGGCAUGCUCAGGUCUCCUACUCUCCCUCCAUUCACACUCAGUACAGUCAAGCUAAACGGAAAGCUCUCUGUACCUCAUGCCUGCACUUUGAUAAUGCAUGGGUGUAAUACGGAUUGUGAUAAAAUAACCCCAUUCUGUGAUUUCUUGAUGCAACCUAUUUUGAUUUACACAUGACACAACACAUACAGUAGCGUAGUGCUUCAUGUAAAGUAUGUUGCCUCUAACUGAUUAAAAUUUGUGAAAAUCAAUAUUUGGCACACUGAUAACUGAUAUUUGUGUGUCUCUUUCAUUGGACAGACUCUCUAAGCCUCAGGCGUCUGAUGUUAUACUUGAUCCCAUGUGUGGAACUGGAGCAAUACCUUUAGAGGUAAGAAGGAGAAUCACAAUAUACUGUUAUUAAAAAGAGAAAAUAUGACUACGGUAACUGACUAUGCCUUCCAUGGUGGCAGGUAGCUUAGUGGUUAAGAGCGUUGGGCCAGUAAUCGAAAGGUUGCUGGUUCGAAUCCCUGAGCCGACUAGGUGAAAAAUCUGUCUAUGUGCCCUUGAGCAAGGCACUUAACCCUAAUUGCUCCUGUAAGUCGCUCUGGAUAAGAGCUUCUGCUAAAUGACUAAAAUGUAAAAUCUAAUGAAGUAGUAAUCAGAUGGUAUAGCCUACUGAGUAGUUGAUUGUCUCUAUCAGGGAGCCAUUGAAUGGCAGCAGGCGUUCUACCUGGCCGGAGACAACAAUGACAUGGCAGUGAGCCGCACAGUCAAUAACAUCUGUCACAUCCAGAAGAAGAGACUAGACAAGGGCAGGUGAGACACAACAAAUCAAACCAUACAUAAGUGACUUUAUGAGAAUUAGAAGACAUCGUUUCAAUUUUGGAUCGUGCAAGACAAAGUGAUGAGACCCAUUUGAUCGUUAGUUGUGUUUACUCUAUAUACUCCCCAACCCUGCAGUGCGCCAGGGCUGCCCAUGGACACAGUGCAGUGGGACCUGUGCCAUCUACCCAUGAGAACCAGCUCAGUGGACAUCAUCAUCACUGACAUGCCCUUUGGGAAGAGGUAGGUACCACAGUACAGUUUCUAUUAGGACCAACACUCAAAAUUGACUAAACCGCCCAGAUAUGGCUCAUUUCUGUAUGGAAUGUAUUGGUAUUGUUUACGUGGCUGAGGUGUACAUUGUGUGGUUUUCUUAUAGAAUGGGCUCCAGGAAGAAGAACUGGGACCUGUACCCGCCCUGUCUGAGAGAGAUGGCCCGGGUGUCCAGACCAGGCUCAGGGAAGGCUGUCAUCCUGACCCAGGAUAAGAAAUGCUUUCAAAAGGUAAUGUACCACACAUACAGUAAGACUGUGUAAUCCGUGGUGGAUGGAGUGGGGUGUACAGACGUGUCCUAACCUGUCUGUACCUGAAGGCUAGGUCAUCAACGGGAAAUUCCAGGAUAACCAGAGAAUGAGUAGUUGAGGAUGUUGUGGUGUCUUAUUAAAUGUAAUUAAUCCACACCAAUAUUAUCUGUGUGAACAAAUCUCUAUUGUUAGUGUAUAGUAUGGACUGAAUCUACUCUGUUUCUAGUAUAGGUGGUCCCUUGGCCAGAUGGCAUUUCUCCAAGCAAUACUGUGGUGUGUCAACAUUAAUGAGUUGUGCCAUGAGUGUCUUGUGACCGGAUAUUUGUUCCCUCAGGCCAUAUCGAGGAUGGGAGGACUCUGGCGGAAGCACCACACGGUCUGGGUCAACGUAGGGGGCCUACACGCAGGGGUGUUCCUCCUCAAGCGCACAGCAGGGAUCUUUGGCCAAACCCCAGAAGAUGUCCGGGAACCACUAGAAGAGCAACCAGGGAAGGAAAAACCAGCAGAAGGAAAGGAGGAUAAGUGACAGAGUUAAGCCCGACCUAUACAGAAGUAUACUUUAGAAAUGGCAUAGAAAUAACUUUUUGCCAUUAUAUAUUUGAUUAACCUAUUUUGCUGGGUUUUUUGUUGAAGGUCCAAAAGUGAGUAUGUCUCAUAGGAAAACCUUUCCUAAGUUUUACUGUAUUGUUAUUGACAGACGAGGUUUGGGUUAAGUGAAAGAAAAGUUGUCUGCCUGCUUAUUACAACCAGUUUCCUAUUCAUGUUAAACUCCAGCUUUAUAAAAAGUUGUCUUGCUACGCCUGAGUGCCAGUUAUAUAAAUACAAGUCAUUAAUCAUCCAUGGUUCUUUUAGCUACGGUAGGUAAGCAAAACUUGAUUUAUACCCCCAUUGUGUUGUUGAGGGAAUCAGUUCAAAUGACCACACCUCUCCACCUCUCCGUUCUGUACGAUGACUCUUUAUGGUAAAUAAAACUUGUUUCCAAACAUGCGUU